AUGUCUCUGAACAACACCCCCGCGACUCAGUCGCAGUCCUAUGAACACAAUGGCGAAGUCGAUGUUCCUAUGGAAGAUGCCGAUCCGUACAAUCGAGCGAAAUAUCCCCCACGUCCUGCCCAUCAACACAGGCCUUCAGCCCAGUUCCUCCCCGAAAUUUCCUCUGCCGCGCAGAGAUAUUCUCCUAUGAAUGCUCAACCUACGGGAGCCGCGUAUCCUGCGAGUCCAAAAGUGCAGAAUCCUGGAAACUUCUCCUAUCUCGGUCAGCCGCAGCCAUCACGACAGUCGCCGACACGACAAAGUAGCUACAAUUCAGAGCGCUACCCCGAGCCUCCUACUCCUACAAGAUACCCCUCCAACUAUGUGUCUGCGCUGCAAAAUUCUGAACUGAGCCCCGAAUCCUACUACCCUUUGUCCACUGGAGGGACGAGACCUACUGCUCCCUCGAGGCAACUUUCCCAGGGACCUGGGCCGGUUCCCAGGUUCAAAAAGGUCAAGACCAUGCAGGACUUUACACCGAGAGUCAACACUCAACCUCCCUACCGCAGGGCAAACCCAGAAGGUGGAUUUAUCAGCCCGUUACAAGCUCUCACUACCUAUCUGCCUGCCACCUACAGGAUAUGCAAUCCUAGCUUCAAAUACGAGUCAUCAAGAAAUCCUAGGCGGGUGCUGACCAAGCCUAGCAAGGGAACAAAGAACGAUGGCUACGAUAACGACGACAGCGACUAUAUUCUCUACGUCAAUGACAUUCUCGGCAGUGAAGAAGCAGGUCACAAGAACCGCUACCUCAUCCUAGAUGUGCUGGGACAGGGUACCUUUGGGCAGGUCGUCAAGUGCCAAAAUCUGAGGACCCAAGAAGUGGUUGCAGUAAAGGUCAUCAAGAAUCGCACAGCUUACUUUAAUCAGAGUAUGAUGGAAGUUUCAGUCCUGGAUUUGCUGAACCAGAAACUGGACAAGAAUGAUGACCACCACCUCUUGAGACUGAAAGACACAUUCAUCCAUCGACAGCAUCUGUGUCUUGUUUUUGAACUGCUCAGUGUCAACCUGUAUGAGCUGAUCAAACAGAACCAAUUCCGGGGCUUGAGCACGACCCUAGUCCGGGUCUUUGCCCAACAACUGCUAAAUGGUCUCACCCUGCUGAACAAAGCACGUCUGAUCCAUUGCGAUCUCAAGCCAGAGAAUAUUCUGUUGAAAAAUCUCGAAAGUCCGAUUAUUAAAAUCAUUGAUUUUGGUUCGGCUUGCGAUGAAAGGCAAACAGUCUACACCUAUAUCCAGUCACGAUUCUACCGUUCUCCAGAAGUCCUCCUGGGCCUACCAUAUUCUUGCGCCAUUGAUAUGUGGUCCCUUGGCUGCAUCGUGGUAGAGUUGUUCUUGGGACUUCCGCUGUUUCCGGGUUCGUCGGAAUACAACCAAGUUUCCAGAAUUGUCGAAAUGCUGGGUAUGCCUCCAACGUGGAUGCUAGAGAUGGGGAAACAGUCUGGCGAGUUCUUUGAGAAAACUGCAGACGAGUUUGGCCGUCGAACUUAUCGUCUGAAAAGUAUGGAACAGUACUCCCGAGAGCACAAUGUCAAAGAGCAACCGAGCAAAAAAUAUUUCCAAGCGACUACUUUGCCCGAAAUCAUUCGCAGCUACUCGAUGCCUAGGAAGAAUAUGAAGCCUGCCGAGAUUGAAAGAGAAAUGAACAAUCGGGUUGCUUUCAUCGAUUUCGUUCGGGGUUUGCUGACAAUCAAUCCUCUGGAACGAUGGUCGCCCCAGCAAGCGAAGAUGCAUCCUUUCAUCACCCAGCAGAAGUUCACGCAGCCGUUUGUGCCUCCCAUGAACCUGAAGUCUCCCACAAGCAAAACCCCAGCUCCGGGUGUGCAGCAACAGCAGCAGGCUGAAGCUCUCAGUAAACAAAGAGCUGCUCAGGCUGCCCAGGCUCAAGCUCAAGCCCAAGCCGCCCAGGCUCAGGCUCAGGCCCAGGCUCAGGCUCAGACAGCCGCCCAGAAUGCAUACGCCAUGCAAAUGAGCCCAUACCCUCAAACACAAGCACCACCGAUGUACAAUACUAUGUACCCUGCGCACCAGCAAGGUGCUCCUCCACCAUAUCCGACUCACUCUACAAACUAUCCCCCACAAAUGGGUAUGAUGCAGCAGAAUCCUCAGAUGAACCCGAGCCAUUAUAACCACCAGCAAAGCUUGUAUGCGCAGGCUACGCAGAGAGCUGGCAGGCAAAGGGCGUCAACAAUGGACCAGCAACAAGCUGGAAUCCCACCAACGAUCCAGAGGGUAGCUAGUCAUCUGGAUCCCAACCAGCCCAUCAGACUUCAACCUAGCCCUGCUUAUUAUCCACCGCCAGCAGACGGCUAUGUGGAUUCUCCAUCGACUGCCCGAAGACGUGGCAGCCGUAAUCAGAGGAACCGCGAUUUCAUCCGCACUUUGGAGGACGGGGCAAUGAACCAAUGGCAUUGA